UUCACUUCAAUAGUAUAACGGAAAAACCGAAGUAGUUGCUUUCUCCAUUCUCAAUCCUAACAUUACACAAUCCUUAAAAUGUUGGCAGCUUCAACAUCACUAUGUUUUUCACCUUCCACCAGAUUCAAAAAAAUCUCAAAUUCAACUCAAUCAUUCAACAAUAUUCACUCUUUUUCACUAUUCACACCCCCCUCUCUGCAUUUCUCUCUCUACCACAACUCUAAAACACAACCCCCCCAUUUCUUUCCACAACCUGCUUCUUCUUCAUCUUCAUUUUCUGCUGUGAAUGCCGAAUACAUUGAGGAACCGGCAACAAAUGUGAAAUUUCAGACAUCUUUGAGUUUCCCGGGUUGCUCAGACUCAUUAGCGUUGUCUGGAACUGGAUACAGAGAAAAAGUUUUUGCGAUUAUUGGAGUCAAAGUCUAUGCUGCAGGACUCUAUCUAAACCAGUCUACAAUAAGUGAAUUGAAUGCUUGGAAAGGGCAAUCGAAAGAUGCGAUUCAAGGGAACUCUUCCUUGUUCAAGACCAUUUUCCAAUCACCCCUCGAGAAAUUGUUGCAAAUUAUUCUUGUGAGAGACGUUGACGGUAAAACUUUCUGGGAUGCCUUAAGUGAUGCCAUAUCACCAAGAAUUGCAAAACCAACAAAUGCAGAUGAAACUGCAUUGACCACUUUCCGUAGUGUCUUUCAAGAUCGCCCCCUUAAGAAAGGAACUUUCAUUUUUUUGACUUGGUUGAACCCUACCAAAUUGCUUGUUUCGGUUUCGUCAACGGGGGUUCCAUCUAACAUAGAUGCAACGAUUGAAUCUGCUAAUGUGAGUUAUGCUCUUUUUGAUGUAUUCCUUGGAGAUAGUCCUGUUUCUCCUUCUUUGAAAGCUUCAGUGGCUGAAAGCUUGUCAAAAGUACUCAAGUAAAACAAAAUCAACAUCUCAUGCGAAAAUCUCAUGGUCAACCAAUGUGUCAUGUGUGCCUUAUGUAUAAUUGUAAGCUGUAACUUAGCUCUAGUAUUUAUUUUCUAAUGAUCUAAUCUUGGUUCAUGUAUUUAUUCUAUAAUGAUCUAAAAUAUUUGAAAUAAUACACGAUUUGGAAAACGUGUC